AUGUCAGCGCCGAUUCGCGUAACGGUCGAGGCACCCAUCAACAUCGCCUUCAUCAAGUAUUGGGGGAAGCGUGAGGGAGGUGAGAAGCUAAUCUUGCCUACCAAUGACUCCUUUAGUAUCACACUCUCCACAAAGCCGUUUCGCUCCAAGACCUCGGUUGAGCUCCGCAGCGUCGCUGCGGAGGAUGAACUGUGGCUGAAUGGGGCGAAGAGCAACAUUCAGGAGACGCCCCGCAUCCAGUCGGUGCUCUCGUGCAUCCGUGAUAACUGCCCAAGCGACGUGAAGAAUCUCAAGGCGUACAUUGUCUCCGAGAACAACUUCCCGACAGCAGCCGGCAUGGCCUCCUCCGCCAGUGGCUACUGCGCACUUGCCGCGGCGCUCGUGAAGGCGUACCGAGCCACCGUGGACGUGUCGAUGCUGUCGCGCCUUGGCUCCGGCAGUGCGUGCCGCAGCACUUACGGCGGCUUUGUUAUUUGGAACAAGGGGGAGAAACCUGAUGGCACGGACUGCAUCGCGACGCAGUUUGUGGAUGAGAACUACUGGCCCGAGAUGCAGGUGAUGUGCGCCGUUCUCAAAGGCGACAAGAAGGAUGUCUCCAGCACGGCUGGCAUGCAGCAGUCGCUCAAAACGUCUCCCAUGAUGCAAGAGCGCAUCGCGUCCAUUGUUCCGGCGCGCAUGAAGGCCGUCAAGGAGGCGAUUCAGCAGCGCGACUUCAACAGGUUUGCUGAGAUUACUAUGGCUGACUCCGAUGACCUGCAGGAGAUUUGCCGCACAACCGAGCCCUGCAUCCAGUACGCCACGGAGGACAGCUACGCCAUGAUCCGCCUGAUCCGCGCGUUCAACGCCAAGAAGGGCUACAAUGCCAUGGCCUACACCUUCGACGCCGGCGCGAACUGCUUCAUGUUCACCCUCAAGCAGGACCUGCCGGAGGUGGUGGGGACACUGCGUGCGCACUUUCCCACCUCGUGGGAGAAGCUGUUUUUUCACGACGCAGACCUCUUGGAGGAGUGCAAGGCGUACCAGUUGCCCGCAUUGUUUGAGGGUCUCAUCGACUACCCGAAAAAGCCGUUUGAGAUGCUCCUACAGUCUCCUGUGGGUCAAGGCGUCCUGUACCUCGACGACACCGAGUCCCUCAUUCCGCCUCACGCCUAG